AUGGCUCCUGUCGGGGCACCCUCCGCAGGCCCCACGGCAGCCCCCAGCGGCACCAUCAUUCCCCUCGUCUGGGACUUCCAAACUUCGCCUUCCUACCCCGACCAAACCGCCAAGGUUGGUGACACCGUGGAGUUCACGUGGACCGGCUUCCACGGCGUGUACCGUGUCCCGGAUGGCACUUGCCCUGCGUCGUACUCACCCAACCCGCCCUUGAUGGUGGAGGUCGCCCCUGAGACCAGCGGCGGCGCCGCCUCCUUCGAGUUUGACGCGCCCGGUGACUACUUCUUUGCAUGCCAAGUUCCCGGCCACUGUGACGGCGGCGGCAUGAUCGUCAAGUACACGGUGGCCUGA